GCAUGGUCAAUCAAGGAAAUGUGUGUUCUUUCACUGGCCUCCCCAACAUGGAGCUUCUCAAUGCUUUGGAGAAGCUCAUGUCUGAAAAGAUGCCCACAUCAUCAAGAGCUGUACUGCCAGCGAGAGACAGAAUAAUCUUGACCAUGAUGGCUUUCAAGCAUGCUCUGACAUUUCAUUUUCUUUCUAAUGUGUUUGGUGUGUCCCCAUCCACGGUAAGCACCACUGUGAAGCAGACAACAAAGGUCCUUGCAGAAUUCUUGAAAUGCGCAAUAACUUGGCCCUCUAAGGACGAGGUUUUGCACAACAUGCCGACGUGUUUCGAGAAGUUUUCUCACGUCCGCAUUGUGCUGGACUGUACCGAAAUCCCUGUUGGGAGGCCAAAGUGCCUGAAAUGUCGAAUAAGCACGUAUUCGCACUACAAAAAGGGACACACCGUAAAGUUCAUGAUAGGUGUUUCACCCGGUGGCUUGAUUACGUACCUAAGUAGUGGUUACGGAGGGCGGGCCUCAGACAAGGUAAUCUUCGACCAGAGUGGUUUAGUUGAUAAGUUGUUGCCUGGCAUCGACCACAUCAUGGUUGACAAAGGUUUUCUUAUAGACGCCACAUGCGAAUCGAGGCUUAUAGCUGUAGUGAGGCCCCCCUUCCUGCAUGCCAAAAAGCAGUUGACCAAGGCUGAAGCUCUUGCCACUAAGCAUAUAGCUGCGGCAAGAGUUCACGUGGAAAGGGUCAUUCAAAGAAUUAAGCUAUUGAAGAUGGUGUCCCAGAAGAUGCCCUGGAACAUGGUGCCACUAGCUGAUGACAUGCUCAGUAUUGCAUGUGGCUUAGCCAAUUUAUCCCCUUCUGUUCUGGCGGAUAACAAGUUCAUGUAGGAGUUUUUUUUUUUUAGGCCACGAGGUUUGAAUACAAUAUUGUUAGAAUUCAGAGGGUUUUUUUUUUUUUUUUUCAGUUCCAAUUUUGUUUGUAACCACCAAAAGAGACUCUUUCCAAACCCUUAUUACAAAAAAAGGGUAACCUAUCUCUAAUAAU